AUGGGUUUGGUUCUGUACACACGUAUGAUUCGUCAAUCGGUGUUCCUCGUCUCCCUACUCAAUGCCCUGAUAAGCCUACCUGGUACAGUUGUGGCUAUUCUAAGCUAUCGUCUGUUCCGGCGUCGACGAAUGCCACUUGCUAUGACCAUGUUCGCUUGUGGAGCCAUUCUUCUGGCCUGCGGUCUUUACGCGUACAUCAUACAACCCAAAGAGGACUGGAUAAUGACUAUUGCACUGGAAUUAGGCCUAAUGUUGUACGCGGCCACACAGUGUCUGUUCUUUAUCUACAUUCCGGAACUGUAUCCACCGGCUGUUCGCUCACAAGGAUUCGGUUUGGCCUCGGGACUCGGUAGAGCCGGGUCCGCGGGUGCAACCUAUGCAAACGAGCUGGACUACACAGUGCGGCAUGCGGUACCCAUGAUUCUCUAUGCUUCGGUCACCUUAGCGGCUGGGUUGGCUGUANUUGGCUGUACUGUGCUUGCCGGAUACGACCGGGGAGGAACGUGA